AAAAAAUUUGUGGGUGUUAGGGUUUUGGGCUGCUUCUCAUAUAAAUUGAUCAGCAAAAGCCGCCCAUCGUUCAGCAGCUCCAGCCUUCGUUCCUGCAUCAGGUGUUUGGUGAUUUGGUAGUAUUUCUCAAGUGCUCAAAAGAGACAGCAAAUAUGCAGAAUGAGGAGGGACAAAACAUGGACCUGUACAUCCCAAGGAAGUGCUCGGCCACUAACAGGCUGAUCACUUCCAAGGAUCACGCCUCUGUCCAGAUCAACAUUGGUCAUUUGGAUGAGAGUGGCAGAUACACUGGUCAAUUCUCAACCUUUGCUCUUUGUGGAUUCAUCCGUGCCCAGGGUGAUGCUGACAGUGCGCUUGAUAGGCUGUGGCAGAAAAAGAAAGUUGAAGCCCAACAGCAGUAGAUGGGUUUUUUUUUGUUUGGAAGGUGUUUUUGGAUGUUUCUCAGUACUGUGAGAAUUUUAAGAUGUGAAGUUGAAGUUUCACACCGCAUCUAUCUUUAUGUUUACUUAAGUUAGUAUUAGUGGAUUGUGAUUUAUGAUCUUCCUUUAACAUUGUAUGUUCUGCUCUUUUUAUCUUGAAAUACAUCUUUUGUUCUUCAUUA